UCUAUUGAAUCUCAGAGUUUGCCGUGUUGCGCGGCCCAAGGGAAGACCACAUAGAACACACAGAAUGCUACGACCAUCGAACGUUCCAAGCGGCAGUUUUGUAGAUGGGAAUCGAUGUUUCCACUUUGCCUUUUAAGAUAAAUAACUUUUUUGAAGAGAAACGGUGAAUGUGCGAAGCGGUGGAGACCUCCGGAUCACGAAAUGUUGGGAUGGAAGGUGCAGACUUUGACUCGCCGUCUCCAACAGGAGUAUGAAGUACUUUACGGGUGUGAGAUCACCGAGAGUGAAACUUUGUUGCCUUGGGACAUUACUACACGCUUUCGGGGAAAUAUUAUAACGUGUAAUAGCGCGAAGUCUCCGCAACAUGGCCUCGGCUGCUAAUGCCUCCUCCGAGCAGGAAAACAGGGACCCCGAUCGGCCGAGGAUAACGCGGAGGAACAGGGGGAACUAUCGCACAACAGCGCCGGAUUUGGAGUAUUUGCAGCGACCAAGUUACUGCGAUGCAGCUUUCGCCUUGGAGCAAAUAUCCGAGGGGAAGGCGACUGGAAGAAAAGCACCGCUGUGGCUGAGAGCGAAGUUUCAGAGACUCUUGUUUAAGUUGGGCUGUUACAUACAAAAGAACUGCGGAAAGUUUUUGGUUGUGGGCCUCUUGAUAUUCGGAGCGUUCGCUGUUGGCUUACGGGCGGCGAAUCUGGAAACCGACGUGGAGAAACUCUGGGUAGAAGUGGGCGGCAGGGUGAAUCAGGAACUGAAGUACACGCGUCAGAAGAUGGGCGAGGAGGCCAUGUUCAGUCCCCAGCUGAUGAUCCAGACGCCGCGGCAGGAGGGCGCUAACGUGCUCACUGUGGAGGCGCUGCAACAGCACCUGGAUUCAGCUAUCAGGGCCAGCCGAGUGCACGUUUACCUCUUUAACAGACAAUGGAAAUUGGAACAUUUAUGCUACAAAUCAGGAGAACUUGUUACCGAAGCUCAUUUUAUGGACCAGAUUAUUGAGAAGCUGCACCCCUGUCUCAUCAUCACGCCCCUGGACUGUUUCUGGGAGGGAGCCAAGCUCCAGUCUGGAAUGUUCUACCUCCCUGGAAAGCCCCCUCUGCAGUGGACCAACUUUGACCCCAAGGAGUUCCUGACGGAGCUGCGGACUCUGAAGUUCCAGGUGGACAGCUGGGAGGAGAUGCUGGAGAAGGCUGACGUGGGACACGGCUACAUGGACCGACCCUGUCUCAACCCCCAAGACCCCGACUGUCCCCUCACGGCUCCCAACAAGAACACCACCAAGCCCUUUGACGUGGCUCGCGUCCUGACUGGCGGAUGCCAUGGCCUCUCCAGGAAGUACAUGCACUGGCAGGAAGAGCUGAUUGUAGGGGGGACCACCAAGAAUGGCACUGGACCACUACUCAGUGCCCAGGCAUUACAGACCAUGUUCCAGCUGAUGACUCCUAAGCAGAUGUUUGAGCACCUGAAGGGCUAUGAAGAGGUGUCCCAUAUCAACUGGAACCAAGACAAGGCUGCAGCCAUACUGGAGGCCUGGCAGAGGAAAUACUCAGAGGCAGUACAGCAGAGUGUAGCCGUCAACUCGUCUCAGAAGGUGUUGUCGUUUACCACCACCACUCUGGAAGACAUCCUCAAGUCUUUCUCUGAUGUCAGCGUCAUACGAGUGGCCAGCGGCUACCUGCUGAUGUUGGCCUAUGCGUGUCUGACCAUGCUACGUUGGGACUGUGCUAAGUCUCAGGGAGCUGUAGGACUGGCCGGUGUCCUGUUGGUGGCGCUGUCUGUGGCUGCAGGCCUGGGGCUCUGCUCUCUGUUGGGCAUAUCCUUCAACGCUGCCACCACACAGGUGCUACCAUCCCUGGCACUGGGUGUGGGUGUGGAUGAUGUGUUUCUCCUGGCCCACGCGUUCAGUGAGACGGGACAGAACAAGAAGAUCCCCUUUGAGGACCGUACGGGGGAGUGUUUGAAGAGGACAGGAGCAAGUGUAGCUCUCACCUCCAUCAGUAACGUCACUGCCUUUUUCAUGGCAGCCCUCAUCCCAAUACCUGCCCUACGAGCCUUCUCUCUGCAGGCUGCGGUGGUGGUGGUGUUUAACUUUGCCAUGGUACUGCUCAUCUUCCCUGCCAUCCUCAGUAUGGACCUGUAUCGCAGAGAGGACCGGCGCUUUGACAUCUUCUGCUGCUUCUACAGCCCGUGUGCUAACAGGGUGAUCCAGAUCGAGCCCCAGGCUUACCUGGAUGGAGCAGACGGCAGUCACUACAGCCCCCCUCCUACCACCUUCCGCACCCCCCCUCCCUCCUACAGCAGCCAUGGUUUCUCCCAGCAGACUCAGAUCACCAUGCAGUCUACCGUCCAGCUGAGGACAGAGUACGACCCCAGGACUCAGGCCUUCUACACUACGGCCGAACCCAGGUCCCAGAUCUCCGUACAACCGUUUACACCCUCAGCCACCGGCCCCGCCAACAACCCCAACGCCAGUCACGGUGUUCAUGGCAACAACAACCACCAUAGCAACCAUCACAGCCGGAGUGGGAGUAGCAGUAGUCACGGCAACCUGAACAACAACAACGGUGGGCGUGGUUCCGGCUCAGUCCCGUUCCCUCCUCCCGCGUCCUCCUCUGGCGUUCCCCCUGUCUCCCCCCAGGCGGGGGAGGGGGUGUGUGUGUCGGGGGAGAGUGCCAGCUCCACCAGGGAUCUGCUGUCCCAGUUUGGAGAGGCCUCUCUGGGGCUGCGCUGUCUGGAGCCCCCCUGCUCCCGAUGGACCCUGGCCUCCUUCGCAGAGAAACACUACGCCCCCUUCCUACUUCAGCCCACCACCAAGGUGGUAGUCAUCCUGCUGUUCCUGGUCCUGCUGGGGGUCAGUCUGUACGGGACCACACGGGUACGGGACGGGCUGGAGCUGACCGACAUUGUUCCCAGGGAGACCAGCGAGUACGACUUCAUCGGGGCCCAGUUCAAGUUCUUCUCCUUCUACAACAUGUACGUGGUGACCCAGCGGGCAGAGUACUCCCAGGCCCAGCCCCUGCUCUACCAGCUGCACAGUCGCUUCAACACGAUCCGCUACGUACUGAGGGAGGACAACGGCCAGCUGCCACUCAUGUGGCUCCACUACUUCAGGGACUGGCUGCAAGGUCUGCAGGCAGCGUUUGAUCAGGACUGGGAGGCGGGUCGGAUCACACAGAGCAGCUACAGGAAUGGGUCAGACGACGGGGUCCUGGCCUACAAACUACUGGUACAGACCGGACGCAGGGACAAGCCCAUCAACUUCAACCAGCUGACGAGGCAGCGCUUGGUGAAUGAGGAUGGCAUCAUCAACCCGGGGGCGUUUUACAUCUACCUGACGGCGUGGGUCAGCAACGACCCGGUGGCGUACGCAGCCUCGCAGGCCAACAUACGGCCACACCCCCCGGAGUGGCUCCACGACCGCACAGACUCCAUGCCCGAGACACGCCUCAGCAUUCCUGCCGCCGAGCCCAUCGAAUACGCACAGUUUCCCUUCUACCUCAACGGGCUCCGCGAGACCCCCCAGUUUGUGGAGGCCAUCGAGUCGGUGCGGGCCAUCUGCAGUAACUACAGCCGCCAGGGCCUGCCCAGCUACCCCAACGGCUACCCCUUCCUCUUCUGGGAGCAGUACGUAGGCCUCAGACACUGGCUGCUGCUCUCCAUCAGCGUGGUGCUAGCCUGCACCUUCCUCGUCUGUGCCCUCUUCCUGCUCAACCCCUGGACCGCCGGUAUCAUCGUCCUGGUCCUCUCUCUGAUGACUGUGGAGCUGUUUGGUAUGAUGGGGCUGAUAGGGAUCAAGCUCAGUGCUGUUCCUGUGGUCAUCCUCAUCGCCUCUGUGGGCAUCGGAGUAGAGUUUACUGUCCAUGUGGCUCUGGCAUUCCUCACAGCGAUAGGGGACCGUAACAGGCGGGCAGUGCUGGCGUUAGAACACAUGUUUGCUCCGGUUUUGGACGGAGCCUUCUCUACUCUACUAGGAGUCCUCAUGCUAGCAGGCUCCGAGUUUGACUUCAUCGUCAGGUAUUUCUUUGCUGUGCUGGCCAUCCUGACAGUUCUGGGGGUGCUGAAUGGUUUGGUCCUUCUUCCUGUGUUGCUGUCCUACUUCGGCCCCUAUCCAGAGGUGACCCCUGUGGAUGGGCGUAGCCAGUUACCCACCCCUUCCCCGGAGCCUCCUGCUCACGUGGUCCGCUUCUCAGUCCGCCCACGCCACACCACCUCCGGCACGGGGACAGGAACGGGCUCUGACUCGUCCGACUCUGAGUACAGCUCCAACACCACGGUAUCAGGCAUCAGCCAGGAGAUGCAGCAGUACGACCUCCCUGCCACUAGGGGUAGAACUGGGAGAACAGAGGACAUGCAGUACGGCAUCCAGACCAGCAGGGGCAGAGCUGUUAGAACAGAGGAGGUGCGACUAGGAGCAGGGCCAAGAAGGACAGCUAGACAAGGAGACGCCACAGCCUACUCUGUGUCUUCUUCGGUCCUGCCGGAGUCAGGGGCCCACCCUGGUGCAUCCCGUCGCUUCAGCAAAAGGGACCUACAGUCGCUGCCCCCAGCACGCCCGCGCAUGGACGCUUUUGAAACUGCUACUGAGGCCGGAGGCCAUUACAGCUCCGGAGGCCAUUUUGGCUCGGGCGGCCACAGAGAACGCUCCGCGGGGCACAGGACCCGUCCAUCCCACAACCCCCGGCCCAAUCACCACCAACCUCACCACCCUAACCCUAACCCCGCCCCUACUUACUGUCAGCCAAUCACCACGGUAACGGCCUCUGCGUCGGUUACCGUCGCCGUCCACUCUGCCCCUCCCCCCACUCAGAGCCCCACUUCCUCUUACCCAGGACACACUGCAGCCAACAGUUACCACACAGCAGGCGGCGCAGAGCCGGUGCCUGCCUUCCAGGACCCCCAUGUGCCAGUGGAGGUCCAUAUCAGCCGCAGAGGAACCAAGAUGGAGGCCAUGGAGCUCCAGGAUGUGGAGUGUGAGGCAGCUGAGAGCGACAGUGGCCAGAGGGCAAGCUGAGUGGAGGAGAGCAGAAGUACAACGGCCAAAUAUGGACUCCCUCUCUCACUCAGCGGCCCACAGCGCAGCGACACACAGAACCCAGUGGUGGCUAGCGCCCUUGGUGCUCAAUCUGACUGGAACCCAGUGGAUGUUUGUUUCAGAUAUCUCUAUCCGUAUUUAAAAGAUGUACACUCAUGUAAAUAUGAAAACAAAAAUAGCUAUAAUUUAGGAGCUGUUCAACUCCUUUUUUAACAGACUGGGGACGUCAUUUUGUAUGGCGUGUGUGUGUGUAUGUAUGUGUGUGUGUGUGUGUGUGUGUGUGUGUGUGUGUGUGUGUGUGUGUGUGAAAUCUCUGAUUACUGUUCACUCAUCUGUGGAUCUGUGCCAUGAGGAAACUUCAUCUGGACAAUACAUUUCAGCAUUCAUUGUUGCUGCUUCAGAUAUUCCGGUAGUGAUGUAUGAUAACUGUGUACAUUAACUUGUAUAAUAAUUCUAUGCAAAUGUUUCUUUUACGUUAUAAAAGAGGUGAGCGAGUGUGCAAAGGUGAUUGCGUGUUUGCGUGCGUGUGGGUAAAUCAUCAGAUCCAUCUCUCAAGAAAUAGGCUAACGAUCACGUCAUGUGAAGCGUUACACAAUAACUACACGGAGAUUGUGUGUGUGUGUGUGUGUGUGUUUGUGUAUAAAGGUCCGCUUUUUUUUUUUACGAUUAAUUUGCUUAUCACAAACCUGUGGUAGUUAUGAAACAAUUACUGUUGAACUCUGACUCACGCUAUGCGUGCUAUUUAAGACGAGCAGAUUAUGAAGAAGAUAUGCAGCUGUGUUGUUUGUGACUGUCCCUGCGUAGUAGCUUCCGCAUCGUCUCUGCUCUGAGCUCUUGUGUUGCUGUCUGGUUGUCUGGGGAUUGUUUUACUGUAAAAGGCCAUAUGCGUGCCUUGGCUGUCCCUCGGACUCAAUUGCCCAUCUCCCCUUUUCUCUGGUGAUGUCAUAGCUCUCGGCAGCCAUCUUAUAGUAGCAUGAGUGGGCGUGAAAGUAUCACUCCCGUAGCUAAUGCAUAUUACAGUUGGAGUAGAAAAUCCAUGGUAGCCAUUAUGGAGGAUAUUUUUUUCCUUCUUUUUUUUUUCUCUCGUGAACGCAACUUCUGUUAUUCUAACUGUAAAUAUACAGUUUUCGUCAACAGUUUGGACACACCUACUCAUUCAAGGAUUUUCUUUAUUUGUACUAUUUUCUACAUUUGAGAUAAAUAGGGAUACAUCCAAACGGUGAAAUAACACAUAUGGAAUCACGUAGUAACUCAAAAAGGGUUAAACAAAUCCAAAAUAUAUUUUAUAUUUGAGAUUCUUCAAAGUAGCCACCCUUUG